UUACACAUAUAUAACGCCCUAAACGGCGAACAAAAAUAUCAAUAAAUCGAAAUGAAAGGAUCGGCAUUUCGCUGGCUUCUUCUUCUUGCACUUCAACAUGUAUGGGGGGACCCUACCCCAGUCGUACACUGUCCCUGGGGGUCGGUUCAAGGCGUGUACCAGACGUCACCCACGGGAAAGAGCUACAUCACCUACCUUGGAAUCCCAUAUGCUCAACCACCGCUAGGAAGUCUCAGGUUUGAGAACCCUGUCCCACAUCCUGGACCACAAGGGAUAUUUAAGACGACAGCUACAUUUAAUUUGGAGCCGUGUGUCCUCAACCACCCGUCCCUCAUCACCCCUUGGCUCCAUCUUCUCAGGAUGAAGACUGCUUGACCCUGAAUGUGUUCACCCCUGAGAUGUCCUCCCCGACCCCCCGGGCAGUGAUGGUCUGGGUACACGGGGGAGGCUGGUACAGAGGUGGUGCUGUGAAAUUCAACAUGUGGAAAAUAACCACAGAGGCUCAGAUAAUUGGAGUCUCCAUUCAGUAUCGUCUUGGAGCUUUGGGAUUUCUAAGUACCGGAAGUACCGUCAUUCCUGGCAACUACGCUAUGUUGGAUCAGGUUCUUGCUUUGGAAUGGGUCAAAGACAAUAUUGCCUCCUUUGGUGGUGACAUCAAUAACAUUACCAUAUAUGGACAGUCUGCAGGAGGGGCAAGCGUAUCAUGUCAUACCCUCUCCCCCUUGUCCAAAGGAUUGUUUAAGAGAGUCAUCAUGCAAAGUGGAUCAGCACUUGGAUUCUGGACAACUCGGACGGACGAAAGUAAAUAUGCCUAUCAACUAGCCAAGAAUGUAAACUGCCUGGUUUCGCAAAAUCAAAGCCAUAAUGCCCAGAGCGACAUGCGCAUGAUCGAGUGCCUUCGAAAGAUACCUUACAGAAGCAUCGUUGAUGGUUCGGAUUUUAACCUGUCAUUGACAUCAUAUUCUGAUGAUGCUGUUUGGAGCCCGGUAGUAGACAACCAUUUCUUGGUGGGAGAACCAAGUAGGCUGACUGACGAUGCCAGAUUUCUCCAGUCAGUUGGAUUCAACGAAUAUGACAUUAUGUUUGGCGUCAACAAUGCUGAAGGAGGGAUCAUGGUGCAUUUAGCAAUGCAAUAUGGCGACCUACAUAACAUAUCGGGGCUCGACAUGAUUUCAAAGCCUGGCUACUUCCAGGGCGAAUACUUGCGCACGGUACUGAAACGAUUCUAUGGAGAAUUUUUGAACGUGGACAUAGAUGUUGUGGAGUUUGAGUCUCGGAUCUACACAGCUGUCCAGCAACCAUAUCCGCUGUUCAACCAAACAGCCGUCCAAGUGUUGGAGCAGUUGUUGAAUACUGCUACCUUGAUGUCUGCCUACAGGAUUGCGCGUGCACGUGAUCUCAACAACUCGUCGGGGAAAACCUUCCUGUACUUCUUUGAUCACUACCCGGCAUACGCUAAAAGAUUCUACAUUACAGGAAUCUCUCAUGGUGACAUCAACUACUCCUUCGGGAUUAACGACACCCUCAUCCGUCUGAAGUACAACAUCACUGGAAACAUCAGCCAAGAGGAGUAUCUUCUGUCAGACAAAUUCGUUCAAAUCCUGGCACAAUUUGGAAAAACUGGUGAUCCCAACUCCGCUGUCAAGGAAAACCUGUCGACUGUAUGGCGAGAGUUUUCUGGUCCCGACUGGAGUUAUCUUUCCUUUACAACCAACAUGGAGGUCAAGACUCAUCUUCGACAGAGGGAGGCUGAACUAUGGCUGGAUCUCAUCCCUAAACUGCACAUGGAUGGUAAUAAGAAUUGUGAUGAGAAACAAAAGACUUAACCUGCCGUAAAGACAUAAUUAUCGGCACUCGGAUGAUGGCUGAAUAUUGAUUUAGCCUUCUUCGGAGUUUUAUAGUCGGAAACCAAGACAUUGAUUCCUUCAGACAUUGAACUAUAAAUGAUCUUUCAUUUAGGCACCUUUGCUCAUAUAAGCUCUCGUUUCUUUGGAAUAGUCCUAAAACCACAAUAAAUGUGGAUUAAUUAUAGUUAUGUUAGGACUAUAAACUAUUGAUUAAUCCUUAUUAUAAUGUGCUAUAACCCAUGUAGUGGCGUGUGUUUGUGACGGGUUCCAGCGGUGGAGCAGGGUACGCUCAUCUUCUGGCGACCAACUGGUAUCAUUACUAUUUCAUAGGAGAGAUAAGGUGAAAUGGGGUUUAACGUGUCCAAGAUUAUUGCACUUAUAUAAUCUCCACCCGGAUGAUGGUUGAAUAUUUGAUUUAGCCUUCUUCGGAGUUUUAUAGUCGGAAACCAUAUUAUGUUUAAUAUAAGCUGGUUUAUUCUAUUACUGGCUGCGGUAUAAUCGAGUUAAACAUAGUUGCUUCUACUAGUGAUCUUCCAAAUACAUAUAACACGGUUACUGCACUGUGACGUCACCAUUACCUCAGGGGAUGAUAGCAUGAACAGACUGGUGACGUUGUCAAGGUAACGUCGGGUUGGGGGUUUCUGAAGGAGACCGGAGACUAUAUAUAAUUUUAUCAUUUAACUAAAGCAUUUAUCCAUGACAUAAGCUUAUGACAUAAAAACAUGUAUGUCAUACCCCAAUGACAUAAGUAUGCAAAUUAGAUAUGCAAAUUAGAUAACCGGAAAUGGGACUUUUUUCGCCGGUGCAGUGAGUAGGUGUUUACAAACAACAUGGAUACCUUUGAUGUUGGAGACAAUGUUUUAAUAGAUGAAAGGGGAAGUGCUACAGUGAUAUCCGUGUUGAAAAAUGGAUAUUACAGGUUACAGGUUGAUGGUACUCUUUUUCUCAGCGAAGGAAUAUGCCAUAAAGGAGUUAAGAGGUUGUUUAUUUUGGUUUACACGGCUAUGGAAACCUUGUAUCACUACGCAAGAUCUAUUAGUAAGAUUUCGACAAGUUGCUGAUGUUAUUGUUAAUGCAAUUAUUCCUUAAUAGGGAAGCAAAAAUGAUAAAUAGAAUUCAUCACUCGUGUUUUUUAAUAUGGGAAAUAUCA